AAAGCCAUUUGAAUGCAAGCACUUUCACUUAUAUACGUACCAUAGGGUCGAUUUGCAUUUAGUCGCUUCUUUACUAAGGACCUAUUCUAAACCGGGUCCUUACCGCCCCGGACUACGUUUACACCCACCCGGACAUUACACCGACCCUAACCACACUGGCACCUAUCGGCUUCCGUACGAUUGCGACUAUUGGCCUGCGUAUGACGGUAGGGUUUUUGAUGAUGGAAUAUUGGGAUUGGAUUCAGUGAAGGCUAUCGGAUUCUCAUGGGCGUAUUGUAGUACACACAAAACGAAAGUAGACAAUUGUUUUUUGAUAAUGAUCCGAUUCAACAAAUAAAGAUGGAUUCAAAGGUUUCCAGCAAAUGUAGCAAGCUUAUAGUCGCUGCCAUCGACUUUGGAACCACAUAUUCCGGAUACGCAUUCUCUUUAAAACAUGACUGGGGUAAAGUGCUGACCAAUGCAUGGCAAGGAGGGUCACUCCUUUCUCACAAGGCCCCUACAUGCCUGCUUCUGAAGAAGGACUUCUCGAUAUCUUCGUUUGGAUACGAUGCUGAAGACAAAUAUUCAGAUCUUACAUCAGAAAACAAACACAAGGACUAUUAUUUUUUCCAGCGGUUUAAAAUGAUUCUUCAUGAAGAUGUCUCUGUAAAACGGCACAUUCAAUGCCAGGACAUUAAUGGCGAAACUAUAGAGGCUGGUAUUGUCUUUAUGCACUGCAUCAAGUACCUGAAAAAUCACCUUUAUGAAGAAAUAAAGAAAAGUUUUUUGAACACCAAGGACGAUGACAUUCAGUAUGUGUUGACUGUGCCAGCCAUAUGGGGAGACAAAGCGAAAAUGUUCAUGAGGGAAGCUGCAAUUAAGGCAGGGAUUAAACAGGAGCAUUUGGUCAUAGCGCUGGAACCAGAGGCGGCAUCUAUCUACUGCCAAUACUUGCACAUUGCUAAAGAAGACAGUGCAUCUUCGGCUUUGGGAGUCGUCAAACCAGGCACAAAGUACAUGGUGGUUGACCUCGGGGGUGGUACAGCAGAUAUCACAGUGCAUCAGAAGUGCGAAGACAAUACUUUGGAAGAAAUUCUUCCAGCAAGUGGAGGACCGUGGGGAGGAAAAUCUGUGGAUGAUUUGUUUAUAAAAUUUAUGACAGAAUUAAUGGGAGAAAAAGUUAUGAAAGAUUUUAAGAAAGAAAGCAUGGAAGAUUAUCUUGAAAUUAUGAGAACUUUUGAAACAAAGAAAAGAACUAUAAAACCCAAUAAGGAUGGGAAUACAAACAUGACUAUACCACAAGCCCUUUUUAAGUUAUGCACAAAAUCAAAUGGUGUCAAAGAUUUCAAAGAUGUCAUUGAUAAACACGAAAAGUAUAGAAAUGAUGUGAAAUAUGCUGCAGGAAAACUUAAAUGGGAAAACAAAUAUUUUCGGGGAUUUUUCAAGAAAACUAUUGACAGCAUUGUCAAACAUAUUGACGAGUUGUUUGAAGAGGAUGUUGUUAGAGAUGUUGACAUCAUCGUAAUGGUUGGAGGCUUCUCAGAAUGCAUGCUGGUUCAGGACGCAAUCAAAAAGAACUUUGAUCAGAAAAUUGUCAUUGUACCAGAGGAUGCAGGAUUAGCUGUAGUCAAGGGUGCUGUAUAUUUCGGUCAUGUCCCUGACGCCAUAUCGCGGCGAUCGGCACGGUAUACUUAUGGAAUCCAGACGUGGCCGGAAUUCAAGGCAGAUCGUCAUCCAAAGGAGAAAAAGGUCGAGAUCCAAGGAUCCAUGCGGUGUCGUGAUGUUUUCUUCAAGGUCAUCACAAAAGGUGAGAAGAUUAUGCCAGGACAUUUGAAAUCGCAAGUCUUCCAGGCCUUGAAUAGCGGGGAACAAUGUCUGGAGUGUGGCGUAUUUAUUUCCGAUUCAACGAAUCCUAAUUUUGUUGACGAUCCUGGCUGCAGAAUGCUUGGGAUUCUGCAAGUUCCAUUAUCUGGUGGGGGCGAGCAGACAACCUCUGUAAUCGAGGAAUCCUUGAUUUUUGGUGAAACUGAGUUGAGAUUUCAAGCCAGAGAUGUUUAUACUAAUGUAAACCGUGAGGUUAUUUUUGAUCUCCUCAAAGACUGAUCAAUAACUAUCCAAUGGAAGGAGACACCAUAAAGACAGUGAAUCAAUUGUGACAAGUAAAACGAUAAACAACAACAAAUACAACAAGCAUACGUGUUUAUUUAGGGGUCUCAAGUAGGUAUGGUUUAUUUUAAACCAUACAAAUUAUAUUUUGAGUCCUUUUCUUUACAAUUAUUCUCAGGUAAUUAAAUCUCCUUACUGAAGUUUGUAGACUAUUGUUUUUGCUCGGUUCUUAUUCCUUCUUCUUACUCACGCCUAAAAUUGUCCUAAGUAGCCAUUCUCCGUAACCCAUUAAUGAAAGUAUGAGAUACUCAAAGAUACAAUGUAUCAUAGGCUAAUGUAUUGAUAAACUAGUUUUGCAGAAAUGUUUUUGUUUUCAGAUGGAAGGGGGAUAUGGUACAUUGGGGGGGAGGGGGAUCUAACAUAAGAAUUCUAUGAGGAAAAUUAAUUGCAAAUUCAACAGAUAUAACUUUAAAAAAAAUAUGACAGAUAGAGUCCUAGGGUCUUCUGAAAUGAGAAGAGAAUGUCGGACCCUACAAACUAGUAUCAAGGCUAAGGGACUCCAGCGACCUUGAUCUCUGACCAUGAACAUAAAAAGUGGUAUAAUGUAACUUUAGAAUCGGGACUGAUAGCGACAUUGGGUCAUCAGAAAUGAUAAGAGAAUGGUAGGACCUACAAUUUAGGUAAAUUGACUCAGUGACCUUGACUUUGAACAUAAAACUGAUAAAUUACUCCAGAACCAGAUCUGAUUGAGGCACGGGAUCUUCAGAAAUGAUGAUGGAACCUACAAAUUAAGAUCAAGGUCAUUCAAGUGAUUCCAGUGACUUUAACCAUAAACCCUAUAUGAAUUUAGAACCGGGAUUGAUAUUGACUUUGAAUCUUCAGAAAUGAUAAGAGGUUAAAAGCUAGUAUAAAGGUUAAAUGACUCCUGUGACCUUACCUGGAUCAUAAAAACUCGUUACUUUAGAACAUAGACAGAUAGAGACAUGGACUUUUCAUGAUGUUGUGACCUACAAACUAGAGUCUGCCUUGACAUUUGACCUUGAUCAUAAAAAUCUCUUAUUACUUAGAUAUCAUUGGGACCGAUAGACAUGGAAUCUUCAAAUGUGAUAAAAGGAUGUUGUGACCUACAAACUAGUAUCAAUGUCAAGUAACCUUGAGCUUUUACUCAUAAACAUCAAAAUGUAAAUAAACAUAUUUUCGUAACUGAUUGACAGGCAUGUUCAACAAUCAAUUUUUUUAAUGUCUUUCAUUGGCACUAAUUUUGUGCAAGGAAGUUAUCAAUAUCGGGGGGGGGGGGGGGGGGGGGGGGGGGUAAUAGUACUUAGAAAAAGUCCUCUUUUAUACAGUCAAUACUUUGUUUCGGAUAUGUUUUCUAAUCAUCGUUUAUGAUAAUCGUUUGAUAUUCAUAUCUUGUCUUUCAUUUGUAGUGCUAAAAUAAAAUUCAUCAAAUAAUAA